CACUUAUAAGUAUUAGCAGCCGCGCGUGGUAAUUCUAAUUUUUUAUGUUAGUCGUUGGUGUUUGUGUUUCUGUUUUUUUGCUAUUCUUGCGAUUUGAGUGUACCUCUUGAAUACAUUUAUGCACAGUCAUUUCUAUGUAUUGAAAAAUGACAUCGAAACGUGAACGAAGCCUUAACUUCAGCCGGGAAGAAGUUGAGCUUCUAACUUCACUCGUUGCUCAACAUAAAAGCAUUUUAGAAAAUAAGAAAAGUGAUGCAGUCACAUGGAACGAAAAAGAACAGUGCUGGAAGACAUUGGAGGCACUAUUUAAUAGCAAAAGCGGUACUAAUUAUCGUAGUGCCAAAACUUUAAAAGCGAAAUACGAAGGUAUAAAAAGAAAUACCAGGAAAAAGUCUGCUCUAAUACGUGCCGAAACGUAUCGCACGGGAGGUGGACCUAGUGCUGCUCCUCCUCUGACGCCAGUAGAGGAAAAAGUGAAAGACAUGAUACUGUUGUCUGUAGUUGGAAUCGAAAGUGAAUUUGAUUCUGAUCAUGUUGAUCCUAUACAAAUAGACACAGUAUGUCCUCCACCAACACCUUCCACAUCCAACCAAUUAACACAAAACAUUGAAAUGAUUAUUGCAGACAAUAACUGUGUCCAAUCAGUGGAUACCAAUAUAGAGCAUCACAUAACGGAAGGUUAGUCUACACAAAAUGAUGACUCUGAUGAGGAAGGGCAUUCCAGAAGAAAGAUAAGUCAAUAUACUACACCCAAAAAAGUUGCCAAUGAUGAGAAGUGGACUAAUUGGAAGCCAAAAUCUCUGCGCUCCAAAAAACAUCCUGCCUUAUCUGCUGAGAAGAUGAAAAGGCCAUUCGAAAGAGUAGCUGAUUCAAAAUUAGAGAU